CGUCCCCUCCGGCUUUGCGGGCAGCUCCCCGUCCGCUGGCGGAGCGGGAACGGAACCGGGGGCGGCGGGACAGAGCCCGCCCCCCCCCCGUCCGAGCGGGCUGCGGGCCGCCCCACUGCCCGGGGCCCGGCGCCACGCAUGCGCCCCGCGGCGCCGGGCGGCGGCGGAGGGGCCGGUUCCAUGUCGGCGGCGCCACGGCGGCUUCCGGGAAGAUGGCGGCGUGGAGAGCGGCGCUGGCGGUGGGAGGCCGCGCUCCGCUGAGGGGGCGGCUCGCCGGGCUGCGGGCUCCUUGGAGCCAGCGGCGCCCGCCUGGCUGGAGGGUGGCCGCCGCUGUCCUGGUUGGGGGAUGCUCCGUGGCGGCGUGCUACAGCGGGCGGCCGGGCCUGUUCCCGACGGUGCUGGCUCAGAAGGAAGAUGUCAUUAAUGUGGAAAGGGAUGAAAGACUGUCUCUUCGGAAGCAUCGCUUCAUGCAUUUUGCAUCACUGGAAUAUGAAGGAGAAUAUUACAUGACACCAAGAGAUUUCUUGUUCUCAGUAAUGUUCGAUCAAGUUGAACGUAAAGCCUUAGCCAAGAAACUGACAAAAAAGGAGGUAGAUGCUGCACUGCUGUGUGUUGCCAAAGCUAAACCAGGACCGACCUUUUUUAGAGAGCUUGGUGAUAGAGGGUUGAUAUCUUAUGCAGAGUACCUAUUUUUGCUGACAAUCCUUACAAAACCCCAGACUGGAUUUCAGAUUGCCUUUAAAAUGUUGGAUACAGAUGGCAAUGAACAAGUUGAGAAGAAAGAAUUCUUUAAGCUACAGAGAAUCAUUGGGAAGGAAGAUGAUUUGAAAACAGCUGGAGAAGAAACAGUAUUUCGGGGAGCAGAACUGGAAAGCUGUGGUGUUAAUACCAUGUUGCUGGUACAUUUCUUUGGAAAAGAAGGAAAGGAAAAACUUCACUAUUCUGAGUUCUUCAGAUUCAUGGAAAAUCUGCAAACAGAAGUCCAAGAGAUGGAAUUCAUAAAGUUUUCAAAGGGUUUGAACGUCAUGAGGAAAGAAGACUUUGCAGAAUGGUUACUGUACUUCACUGAUGAGGAAAACAAUGAAAUUUACUGGCAGAAUGUGAAAGACAGAAUUGAGGCAGGAGAGAAUAUCAGUUUGGAAGAAUUCAAGACUUUUUGCAAGUUUACAAAUAACCUGGAAGACUUUUCGAUUGCCAUGCAGAUGUUUACUGUAGCAAAUCGUCCUGUUAAACGGGCUGAGUUCAAGAGAGCAGUGAAGGUAGCAACAGGACAAGAGCUCUCGGAUAAUGUUUUGGAUACCAUCUUCAAGAUUUUUGAUCUAGAUGGAGAUGACUGCCUCAGUCACGGCGAGUUUCUUGGAGUCCUGAGGAACCGAAUUCAUCGAGGUUUGAGGGUACCACAACAGCAAGGCAUUCAAGGUUACUGGAAGUGUGUGAAAAGAGAAAGCAUUAAAGGAGCCAAAGAAGUGUGGAAGCAAGCUGGGAAAAGUCCUUUUUAAAGCAGUCUAUUGUUCUUUUACUAUAAAUGCUGUUAUUUAGGGGAGUUUGUCUGUCCUGUUUACAUAACAACUGAAUCAAAAAUGCCUUUUUUUUUUACUAUAGUUAAAAUGUAAUUGACCCCGUUUCUAAUGCAAUAAUUUUAUAUUGUUCUAGUGCAAUCAGUUUGGUUUACAGAACUGUUACCACUUUCGACUUCCACACGGAAGUACUCUUGUUCCAGAGAAUACUGUUGUUUACUCCUCUGUGGGGACUGACCCUGUGCUGUAGCAUACCGGAUACGCAGGAUUUAAUAGUGGCCACUGGCAGCAACAUCACGGGAACAUCAUAUCCUGUUGGAAGAGUGGACAUCAUCUCAGUUAGCCACUAACACAGCAGUUCUCUUUCUCUGGCAAGGACAGAGGUCCGAAAGGCAAAAUCACUAGCACAAUCCAUGCAAAUCAAGUUAUCCUAAAUCAAAAAGGAAAAUUCAUAUGGUUCAUACCCUCGUUACUGUGAACUGCUCAUGUGCUAGUUCCUGGUGGAUGAUUCCACCAGAUCCUGUGUGGAUGUCUGGUUUGUCUACCUUCCUGAUGAUAAUAGUAAACUGGAAAUACCAGACUGUUUAUACAGGCCUUAAAAGUUGUACAUUGAUCAAUGAAUGUGCAUUGAGUCUCUCAGACCUCUUUAACAAAUAUUAUAAAUGAGAAGCAAUAUUCCUCAUUCUGUUAUAAACAAUAGUGGCUACAAUUUGAGUCAUAACUAUUUUGCUUUAAUUGUAUUGCAAAAGGUGAAUGUGUAACAAAUAGUUGUUUUAUCUUUCUAAAGGUUGUGACAGGGAAUGCUGCAGUAUCUCAGGAAUUCAAGGUUAUAAUAAGCAAGUGUUGGAGGAUUAGUAAGUACGAUGAAAAAGUAAAUAUAAAUGUUUAUUACUCCAAAAUGCAAAGUUGGACAUAGGAUCUUAAACAGUAAAACAAGGAACAGAUCAAAAAGAGCCAUUUAGCAAUUAUAGAUGAACAUUUUUUAGCUAUAACACAGUGUGCAUCUAUGUAUACACAGGUGCACACGUUACACUUUUUUUCUUUCUUACGACCUUAGGAGCCAGCAGUCCAGGUCCAGAUCAGUCUUCCUGGUUGGCCACUCUAUAUAGGAGAUAGACUUAUCUGUCAAGCUCUCUAGAUUCUUCCUCUUUCCCCCUCUCAGAUGUCUCUGACUUGGCUUGGCUGGGGUGAAAGCUUAACCUUUCAAGACAGGUUUCUGAAAACAGACUCAGAAGGUGGACUAGGGAAAUGUCUCAAGAAAACCAAGAAAUCUCACCACUCUGUGAGGGAAGUAUCCAUCCCUUUUAAGCAUGACAUUAGGUAUAUUAUUUUCAAAGUUCUAUAUAAGCUCAACAGGAGGUGUUUUGUUGUAAUUUCUUUGGGUUUUGUUGGGAGGGAGUCUUGAGAAGAGCAGAGCCUUCCAUGAUAGAUAGACAUCAGAGCAGCCCUCACUCAGAGGAGGGACAGGAGAGACUGCAUUAGGAAACCAUAAAGAUCCCACCUAAAGAGUACUGAAACUACAGAGAAAGUAUUUGGUAUGUUGGUAGCCAUCAGGCAGGCUUGUGCUGAAGAGUCCUACCACACAGAGCCUCGGUGCAGUGGUCUCUCCUAGGAAGAUAGAGUGGGAAGCUAGCAAAGCAGCUCUUCCCUUCACAGCCUUUACUCAGAGCUUUAAUUUAAAUUGUGUUAAAGAGAAAAUGCUUGUAUUCCUGUCAUCUGUGGACAGGCACCCAGGGUCACCCACCAGAACAAGAGCAUGCCUGUGUGGAUGACCUGAGACUGUCUAGAUCAGGCACCAGUGACCAUCAAGGAUUCCUUUCCCCCCAGGAAACAAUCCAAAUGAAAUACAAUGCAGUAAAUGCCUCAGCCUCCCUCCCUCAAACUGAACUCAUGCACUGCUCUGCGGGCAACAAGAAAUUAGAUAGCUGGCUUAUUUUGUGCGUUUGGAAGUUGCUUGCUGCUUCUGGUAAUGGGAGCUAUGACUAGGAUGUAGCUAAUGGGAGCAAAAGUGGAACAGUGGGGCUGGCAUCAAAGCAUGGCAGCCAGCUUCGCAUCACCAAAUAAUAAAAGAAAAAGGACACUAACGAGCAAAGCACUUCUGAGUCACAGAAGUGUGUGUGUGUUUACCCAAAGUGUGCUUUGUUGCAGCUCUGGCUUUAAUGCAAGGGUGCCUUUUACUUGCUGUUGAUAUUUUAUGUUUACUUUGGAAUGGAGAUUAUUCUUUAACUUUUUAUUCUGUGUAAUGUUAAUAGGCUUAUGAUGGUUUUUAUUGCUUUUGUGGUUUCUUUUGUUUACUAAUUACUUGCUUCCGACAAGCUGUUUGGUUUUCUUUUGGAAAAAUUAAUCCAUUUAGCUUUAAUGUAUCUAGAAGUUUAAUUCCUCAUUGCUCAUUUGUGUCUGGGUCCGUGCAAUCAGCAGUGUCUUCUUUUGGCAGCAAGUUACUAAAAAUGGGAUUUCAAAUUUUUUUUUUUUAGCAAAAGCUUUGGUGUCAAGUUCAGAGGAAAAAAGAAAACAGAUACGCUUAUUUUUAAAUGAUCUUUGUGUCUGUAGUAAAAAAAAUCAAAUUCAACGACUGACUAGGAAUUAAAAUAAAGUUACGAAACAUUUGCGGAAGUUAUCCAGAAAGUACAGCCAGGAAGGAACUCCUCUGAAGGCCAAGGAGGACUUGUCCAUCAGGUUUGAAGAAUCAGACUGUGUGUUUAAUUUGUACUCUAUUUUUAUUUGUCUUAACUAAAAGGAUUUACAAAACAGUCUUAAAAUAAUUUCUCAUAUUUAAUAGAUUGAAAGAGCUGUUUACAUAAGUGUGUAGAUGGACCUUGUCUUUUAAGGAAUCCAUCAUAAUUUUAGCAUUAGAAGUUUUAGUUCCUUUUAGUAACUAUAUGGUAUUUGCAACCUGUCUAUCAGCAUUACUCAAUGUAACUUAGUUCAAAGUUUAUGCCAGCUGCCAAUCAGUUAAACUUAUCAAUUAUUACUUUUUUUAAUGUUAGGAACUCUCCUCUGAACAGAGAUAUACAGAAAAACUAAAUAAAAUUAAUUUUUUUUUUAAAUCUCCAACAUUGCAUCUGAAUGUUAUGUGGAAUAAAGAUGAAUACAUUGCACACUGCAGAAGUCUCAAAAACUGAUUUAGCAUAUUUCAGAAGAAUAUACAAGGGUGAGUACAAGUCAGUUACAGCAUACAACUCAUUUACAGAAUUUUAGUCGUGUCCCCAUAACAACACUUUCUACAUUUCUUUCCAUUUGUUUAGUUUAAGAUAAUUGUUUAAGAACAUUUAUUCUUCAUUCUUAAAAGAAGCAGAGGCAAAAAGGCAGUGUGACAUACUAGAACUAAUAGAAACUCAUUGGUUGUUCCUAGAAAUUAAUUUUGGUGUCUCAAUUUGUGCAAGCCUCUUUCUAAAAGCAAAACUCCCUCUGGAGUCAAACCAAGUUGGUGGGUUUUAACAAAAUAUGCAGCAAUGAGGAGUACAUAAUCCUGCAUAUAAGAACUGAGAAAGAAAAGUCUUAUCAUGAUGUUAUAUGGCUGUAUCAAAAGCAAAUCUCUGAUUUAGUCCAUCUCCUACAGUGUAUUGUCUCCUUUCAGGGUUCAGACAGGUUGCUACUGAUCGUCCUGGAAACGUGCCAGCACCUGAUCUGAACUCGGGUGUCAUCCGGAUGUGUUGCCUUGUCUGUUGAACCAGGUAUUAUUAAAAGGGUGAACAACAUGUUCAUUCCUAAUUUCAAGCUUUUGGUGGAGAACGUGUAAGGUUUUUGUAAUUUUAUGAAUUAUAAAUGUUUUGUCUCUGGACUCCAAGGUGUCUCAAAGCUCAUGGGAUUCUGGGUGUAGAUGUCAGACCAUGUCUUGGCUGUGAAGAGUUUACAGAUUACACUUGACUUUCUAGAAAGCAAAGAUGAGACAAUAAGAUACACAAGCCAGGCCAUUGACUGCGGUUUCAGGGCACUUCACGUGUCCAGUGCAUAUAACAAAAAAGGAUCACUGCCCAAUAAAGGGAUAGAAUGGGGACAAACCCAGGUAUUUAAAGGAAGUAUUUUAACAUUCAGGGGUACGGACCAUACUUUGACUUAAUGUUGUGGUUUAGCCCCAGCCAGCAACUAAGCACCACACAGCUGCUCACUCACUCCUCCCCUCUCCCAGUGGGAUGGGGAAGAGAAUCAGCAAGAAAGUAAAACUCAUGAGUUAAGAACAGUUCAAUAAAUAAAAUAUAAUAAUAAUUUUUAAAUAAUAAUAAUUGUAAUUUUAAAAUUAAUUUGAAAUUGUAAUUUAAAAAUAAUUCUUAAGAGAGAGACGUAAAACCCAUGAAAAGACAAAUGAUGCACAAUGCAGUUGCUCGCCACCGGCUGACUAAUGCCCCAUCAGCAAUCCACUGCCCAGCCAAAUCCACCCCCAGCAUUUACAUACUAAGAAUGAUGUUGUAUGGUACGGAAUAUGGUAGGGAUAUUUCUUUGGCUAGUUCGGGUCAGCUGUCCUGGCCAUGCUCCCUCCCAGCUUCUGGUGCACCUCCUCACCAGCAGAGCGUGGGGAGCUGAAGAGUCCUUGACUUACGAUAAGCGCUACUCAGCAACAACUAAAACAUCAGUGUGUUACCAACUUUAUUCUCACACUAAAUCCAAAACACAGCACUGUACUACCAGGAAGAAAAUCAACUCCAUCCCAGCUGAAGCCAGGACCAUUAAGCAUAGAAAUAAAUCAAUAAAUGUCUAUAGGAAUUUAAAAAUACAGUUUUCUUCUCAUGCGAGAAUGCAAGCAUGUCUCAUGCCUUCAGAUUUAAUCUUUCCUAUAAAACAGUUACAGCUGGGUCAGGAAACUACUCCAAUGCAGAAAAAAAUCUUCAGUCCUGGACAGAAAAUACAUGUCCAAAUGAUGUUGUGGUCAUUAUUAGUGAGAUUGAAGUUGACCAAGCAACAGCUUCUGUAAUGCAGCUGGUGACAAGGGAAGCAUGAAGGUGGAAUUGGUGGAUGUAGACACACACUGUUACCCCCCAGCUGACCACAGAAACUCCUCUGAUAGAAACUGAAGAUGUCGCCCAACAAGAAUUGGAAAUCCCUAUUCAGGACAGGAAACCUGAGAGGCUUGAGCAUGCACAAAAUCAAUGGGCAAACAAGUGCAUGUCUCUUCUCUUGCUAUUUGAAGGUUUCCUGCUGGGUUUGUUGAUUAAACAAUUCCUCGUUGAUUCAAUAAUAUUAAAAUUAUGCAACAUAUGCAGAGACAGAUUUCCCGUUAGGCUGGUAUUGGCACGGUUAAUAAUGUUUUCAGCUCGUUAACCAGAGUGCCCUAGCGCAGAGCUCUGCUCGCCACCCUCGGGAGCCGCGCUGCGGCUCCUGCACGCCCGCCGCCCCGGCGAGCGGCCUAACAGCGCGCCCACCUCUGUGGUUUUAGAGAGAACACCUCCUGCUCUGGAAAGCAAAAACCCACGUUCUUCCACACCCGCGUACCCAACGUGAAGCUCAUCCUUUCGUCUUCUGCCUGCCUUUCCACAGAGGUGGUGGAAGGAACGCAGAAGGCAGCGGGCUGCAGGAGCACAAGGCAGAGUUUGUGUUGUUCCCAUUUCAGACACGUGGAUUUGAAAAGCUGGGAGGGGUAUGUUGUAAUUAAAACAGAGAAAUGUGUGGGGUUUUUUCUCACGUGAUCUCAGAAACCAGCUUGUUGCUCUGAAAUAUCCUCUGGGGGACCUGGCCUUUCUCCAUGAACUGCAAAAAGGUGCACGGCACAUGAGCUUCACUGGACUAAACUUGUGCUUUGUGAAUGCCACCUUUCUUCAUCGUCUUUAAUGGCCCCUAAAUACAAGUACUUGCAUUUGGACAUUUUUUGGUAAAUUGAUGUGCUGUUUUAUGUGAAGGGUGAAAACUUUCGGAGAGGAGCUGGUUUAAAACUUCUAUGAAUUUGGACCUAAAGGAAGUAGACUCUGGAAUUGGAACCAUCCAAGGAGCAAAUUAGGGGAAAUUUGUCAGUUUUAAUACUAUGCCAUGGAGCAACUGGUAGCUCUAAAUCACCCCCAAGAAAAAUGAUUGGGUUUAAGACUUGUCAAUAAAAUGUUUUAAAAUUUUCUUCUUUUUUCAGGAUACACAUUUUUUAAAAUUAUGUGCCAUCUUACUGUGCUUUAAUCUGCUUUGAAAUUGAUAGAAUAGAUGAACAUUACUAAAAACAUUGUGUGCAUCUCUUAAAUAAUGCACAGAAGGUAAUUCCUGGAGCAAUGGUAGUUGAGUCACAGGACAGACAAUUACAUUCAGUGUUGAAAAUAAAGGAUAUCAAAAUGC